GAGCGUGAGCUGUUGGGCCGGAUCACUGAGCUGCAGGAGGAGGUCUCCAGGAGGAAGAACCACAUCGCUCAGCUGGACCACCAGAUCCACACACUCAAUGAGAAUAUCAGCACUCUGACUAAAGAGCUGGAGCUGAAGGGCAAGGAGGUGCUGAAGAUCCGCAGCGAAGCCAAUCAGCAGAUCAGGGCUCACGAACAAGAGUUGACGAAGAGGCAUGAAAGGGAGCUUGCCGAAAUGAACGCCGUCCACAGCAGGGAGACGCAGAACAUGCUGUCAGACUUUAACAAAGCCCAGGAAGUGCUCAAAGACAAGAUCUCCGCCCUUCAGAUACU